AUGGAACCGCUCCGGCACCUAGUCCUACCAAGCCAACACAGUGCAGGACCGCACGCUUUCGCAGAACAGGCGCCGAUCCACGAACAGGUCCGCAAGGCUCAUCGCCAGGCAAGGGCUGUCCCAAAUCUCUGUCGAGUGCUUGUCAGGAUCAUUGCGCUGGCAGUCGCGGCGUCCAUUAUCGCCGUGCUGGCCCAUGCCGCGGCGGUAUGGUUCACAACGCGAAAUGUGGUGCAGCAGCAGCCGAGCGGCAUUCGCCAGCGUGCGUGGCCGAAUCAUAUCGACGUCUGGCCAACCUGGGUGAUGCUCGGUGCUGCUGUCAUCGCUGUCAUUGUGCAGAUCCUUUCGCUGCUCACGUUCUGUGGAGGAGUACGUCGACUGCGCGAGACCCACUUGCACACUUGGGCCGUCUUCUUCACGUCCUUGCUUGGAAUCGCGGCCUGGGUUGCUGCCGCUGUCUACUUCAAAUGGCAGGACAGUGAGGGCAAAAAGAGCUGGGACUUGUGGUCCUGGUCGUGCACACACAAAUCCCUCAAGAAUGGAAAGAUGUCCUUUGAGACUAUGUGUUUUGAAAUGAAAUACACCUUCUAUGCUUCGAUUGUGGUUGCAGCUUUUGAAAUCGCAAGCUUGGCCAUCUUCAGGUAUACCUUAGCGCGCCUUCGCAGAGAGGGACCAGGUUAUAGCAAGAUCAAUGUGUCGCAUCUUUGA